UGACAUCACAGCUCAGAUUGCAGGCUAACUCUCACCCAGAAACAUUACAUUUAUUUAACAUAAAAUAAACCAUCUGUACAUGAAUACAACUCAGAAUGGAGCGAGGACUCGUCUGGAUGAAGUGUUUCUGACUGUAUGAAGGUAGAAGGUGUGUGUGAGCUGAAGUGAAUCCAGCAGCAUGGAUCAGUGUGAGGACAGAGAGGAGGGAGUCCUUCCCUCCAAAACCUCCCCGAGGGGAAAACCUGAGAGAGAAGAAGAGAGGAGACCUGGACCUGGACCUGGACCUGGACCUGGACCUGGACCUGGACCUGGACCUGAACCUGGAUCUGGACCUGAACCUGGACCUGGACCUGGUCCCAGCUGUGUGUCCUUGAAGAGUGACAGAUCCAAGGAUUUCAUUUGGGAUUUUAAAGAUACCCAACGUUCUCCCUCAGUGAGGAGACAAUCUGGACCUGGACCUGGACCUGGACCUGGACCUGGACCUGGACCUGGACCUGGACCUGGACCUGGUCCCAGCUGUGUGUCCUUGAAGAGUGAUGCAUCAAAGGAUUUCAUUUGGGAUUUUAAAGAUACCCAACGAUCUUCCUCAGUGAAAGUGGACCAGCAGAUCUCAGAGUCCCCCAGUGGUCCGUCUGUCCAGCAGCAUCAGACCCAGCUGGACUCCGUCUUUCAGCUGCUGGAGGACGACAUCGUCAUGUUUGUGAAGGACGAGCUGAAGAAUAUCCUGAAGGUUCUGAGUCCAGAUUACCCAGAAUCCUCAGAGAGUCUGGAGGAGGAUGAAGAUGAAGAGCAGAAGAGCAUCAGAGAGACAUUAAUGAAGAUCACAGUGAAGUUCUUGAGGAGGAGGAAGCAGGAGAAGCUGGCCGACCUCCUGCAGAGCAAGACCGUCGCUGCCGUUUGUCAAUCCAAACUCAAAGUUCAGCUGCAGAAGAAGUACAAGCAUGUGUCUGAGGGAAUCAUUAAAGCAGGAAAGACAACCCUUCUGGAGCAGAUCUACACGGAGCUCUACAUCACAGAGGGAGGGACCGGAGAGGUCAACCAUGAACAUGAAGUCAGACAGAUUGAAGCAGCUUCCAGGAAACCAGACGGAGCAGAAACAGCCAUCAGACAGGAAGACAUCUUUAAACCCCCACCUGGAACAGAUGAACAAAUCAGAACGGUGAUGACGAAGGGAGUGGCCGGCAUCGGGAAAACAGUCCUAACACAGAAGUUCAGUCUGGACUGGGCUGAAGGCAGAACCAACCAGGACAUCCAGUUCCUGCUUCCAUUCACCUUCAGACAGCUGAAUGUUCUGAAAGAGGAGAAGUUCAGCUUGGUGGAACUAGUUCAUCGAUUCUUCUCUGAAACCAAAGAAAUCUGCAGCUUUGAAGAGUUCCAGGUCGUGUUCAUCUUUGACGGUCUGGAUGAGAGUCGACUUCCUCUGGACUUCCACAACUCUACAUUCCUCAGUGAUCCCAGAAGGUCCACCUCAGUGGACGUGCUGCUGACAAACCUCAUCAGGGGGAACCUCCUUCCUUCUGCUCGUCUCUGGAUCACCACACGACCCGCAGCAGCCAAUCAGAUCCCUCCUGAGUGUGUCUCCAUGGUGACGGAGGUCAGAGGGUUCACUGACCCACAGAAGGAGGAAUACUUCAGUAAAAGGUUCAGAAAUAAGAAGCAGAGGAGGAGGAUCAUCUCCCACAUCAAGACAUCACGGAGCCUCCACAUCAUGUGCCACAUCCCAGUCUUCUGCUGGAUCACUGCUACGGUCCUGGAGAACGUCCUGGAGAAAGUCCUGAAAACCAGAGAGGGAGGGGAGCUGCCCAAGACCCUGACUGAGAUGUACAUCCACUUCCUGGUGGUCCAGGCCAAACUGAAGAAGGUCAAGUAUGACGGAGGAGCUGAGACGGAUCCACACUGGAGUCCAGAGAGCAGGGAGAUGGUGGAGUCUCUGGGAAAACUGGCUUUUGAGCAGCUGCAGAAAGGAAACCUGAUCUUCUAUGAACCAGACCUGAGAGAGUGUGGCAUCGAUGUCAGAGAGGCUUCAGUUUACUCAGGAGUGUUCACCCAGAUCUUUAGAGAGGAGAGCGGCCUGUACCAGGACCAGGUCUUCUGCUUCAUCCAUCUGAGUGUUCAGGAGUUUCUGGCUGCUCUUCAUGUCCAUCUGACCUUCAUCAAGUUUGGAGUCAACCUGCUGGAGGAACAGGCAACCUCUCACACAUCUGAAACAGAUGAUGAUGAUGAUGAUGGUGAUGAUGAUGAUGAUGAUGAUGAUGAUGAUGAUGAUGAUGAGACUCUCUUCUAUCAGACAGCUGUGGACAAGGCCUUACAGAGUCCCAACGGACACCUGGACUUGUUCCUGCGCUUCCUCCUGGGCCUUUCAUUGGAGACCAAUCAGAACCUCCUACGAGGUCUGAUGACAUCAAACCAAAGAAGUUCACAGAACAAUCAGGAAACUAUCGAAUACAUCAAGGAGAAGAUCAGUGAGGAUCUGUCUGCAGAGAGAAGCAUCAACCUGUUCCACUGUCUGAAUGAACUGAACCAUCGUUCUCUGGUGGAGGAGGUCCAACGGUCCCUGAGGUCUGGACGUCUCUCCACAGAUGAACUGUCUCCUGCUCAGUGGUCGGCUCUGGUCUUCAUCUUACUGUCAUCAGGAGAAGAUCUGGAGGUGUUUGACCUGAAGAGGUUCCGAGCUUCAGAGGAGGUUCUACGGAGGCUGCUGCCGGUGGUCAAAGCCUCCAAGAAAGUUCUACUGAGUAGCUGUCACCUCUCAGAGGACAUCUGUCCACUUCUGUCCUCAGUUCUCAGCUCUCAGUCCUCCAGUCUGACAGAACUGGACCUGAGCAACAACGACCUGCAGGAUUCUGGACUGGAGCAGCUGUGUCCUGGACUGGAGAGUCCACACUGUAAACUGGAGUCUCUCAGGCUGUCAGGCUGUCUGAUUUCAGAGGAAGGAAGUUCUUCUCUGGUCUCAGCUCUGACCUCCAACCCCUCCCACCUGAGAGAGCUGGACCUGAGCUACAACCAUCCAGGAGAGUCAGCAGGGAAGCUUCUGUCUAGACUGGAGGAUCCCCGCUGGAGACUAGGCACUCUCAGGGUGGAGCCUGCUGGACAACGAUGGCUGACACCAGGAGGUCUGAGGAAGUAUUCCUGUCAACUCACCGUCGACACAAACACAGUCCACAAACGCAUCAAACUGUCUGACGACAACAGGAAGAUGAUGUGUGUGGAGGAGGAGGAGGAGUAUCAGCCAUAUCCUGAUCAUCCAGACAGGUUUGGUCCCUGGUACCAGCUUCUGUGUAGAGAAGUUCCGACGGGUCGCUGUUCUCUGGAAAGCGUCUAG